UAUGAUUUGUAUUAACCAUAUAGACUACAAACAGCAACAUCUUUCGUCUGUGCACUGAGCUUCCUGGUCUAACACAGAGGUCUCUCCUCCUCUGCUCUCCCUGACUGAACGCUCCGCUACACUGAGACUCGUCCAACAUGGCUGGCCAGGAAGACCCAGUGCAGAGAGAGAUCCACCAGGACUGGGCGAAUCGAGAGUACAUAGAAGUUAUCACGAGCAGCAUCAAAAAGAUCGCCGACUUUCUGAACUCGUUCGAUAUGUCGUGUCGAUCCCGCUUGGCCACCCUCAAUGAGAAGCUGACAGCGUUGGAGAGGAGGAUUGAAUAUAUUGAGGCCAGAGUGACGAAAGGGGAGACCUUGACCUAGAAAUCAUCAUGGGGAUUGAUAGCAUCCCAGAACCACCUGCCCAUCCCCCUCCCUGAUUUUUUGGAAUAAGUGUGAUGGACUCCACCAUCCUAUUUUGGGACCAUGUGGACCAUUUUUAUAUUAUAUGGCUGAGUUUUUGUGUUGUUUUAUCUCAUGACACAUUUGUAUAGAAGAUAUGGGGUCUGCCUUGGGUGUCAGUGACUCAAGCAUCAUCGUUGUUAUAAAAAACUAAAAUAAGCUCCAUAAGUAUUGGUUUAAAAAAAAAUAUAUUAAUAUGGAGCUCAAUUAUGGCUUGGUAUCAGCACAACCUGUUGACCAUCUGUGUUGUAUGCAGUGUCAUCAUCACAUUCGAGAUUUUACGAAAAGGGGAACAUCCUUGUGUGCCAACUUGAACAAAUAAUCGUGUAAUCAUCUUUGUUGAGGACCUGCUUGUACAGUGAACUGUUUGGUGAUGUUUCAGGAUUUAAAUACUGUAAUAAAUGAUAAACAAUGA